AUGGAGGUUUUUAUGAAAAAAGUAAUUAUCAGGCAUUCAAUACUGCUGAUAUUUUUAAUCGGAUUUGCCGUAGCAGUUAGUGCUAGAGGUUCAUCGGGUAGCGAUAAAACCGGUGAUAAAAAAUUAACAUUUACGACUUGGCAAUUAAUUGAUGGAGAUUUGGUUUCAUGGUGGGAUGGAGUUAUAACAGAGUUCCAGGAAACACAUCCAGGAGUCAAGGUGCAGGUUACUGACUUGUCCAGGGAUACAUAUGCAGAAACCCUUUUGUCUCAGUUUGUUGCUGGGUCACCUCCAGACAUCACUCAUUUGGCUUCGUUUGAGUUUGCUGCUUUUUCCCAGCGGGAUAUGUUGCAGGAACUAGAUUCUUAUGCUCAACGUGAUGGUAUUGAUAUUAAUGAGUGGGCUGGUCAGAGAGUCCUUCAAGUAGAUGGGACAAACUAUGGAAUCAUGCUGUUGUAUUUCGGGUUCAAUCUUUAUUAUAACGAAGCAUUGCUAAAUGAUGCUGGUGUUGAUGUUCCGACUACUUGGAAUGAGUAUUUGGAAGCAAGUCGAGCACUUACAGUAGACAAAGAUAAAGAUGGAAUCAUUGAUCAGUAUGGUGCUGGAUUCCAAACUGCACCUGGACCAGGUCAGUAUAUUACAGGAUUGUUGAAUUUUGUACUUGACUCAGGGGCUUACUGGACAGACUCAAGUGGGAAAGUAACCAUAGAUACACCCCAAAUGGCUGAAGCUUUUGGAAAAUGGAAAACACUGUUGAGAGAGAAUCUUACCCCACGAGGAAUGAAAAUAAAUGAUGUUCGUCAAUUAUUCAACGAAGGGAAAGUUGCCAUGAUAAUUGAAGGACCCUGGAUGUGGGGUGUCUCAAGGAAUGCUGCACCGGAUGUUUUAUCAAAUAUAAAAGUGGCUGCUUCACCAAUGUCUCCACCUGUUGGAGGAUCCAGUAAUGGUCUUGGAAUUCCCAAGUCCCUCUCAGAUGAAGAUAAACAGCUGGUCUGGGAGUUUAUAAAAUUGGCUACUUCUUCGAAAUGGCAGACCAAGUAUAUUGAAGCAGGACAAACCACAGCUAGACCUAAUACUCCUAUUACUGAUAAAGCAAGAAAUGAUGUACCGCCAAUUGACUUAAUUUUUGCAGCCAAAGAUGCGGCUGCUCUAGAAGGAGUUGACAGGCUUCCUACUGGGUUAGAACCAAUUUAUAACGAUUUUGCUCGUAUUGUACAGGAUGAAGCAGAAAGGAUGAUCCAGGACAAUCUUGACCCUGCCGAUGUUGUGAAGAACAUACAGGCUCAGGUAGAAAAACUUCAGAAAGACAAUAUGUGA